AAAAAGGUAAAUCCAGUGCAAUAACCCAAGCGGCGGAGAGGGAGAGCAACAGAGAGGGAGGGAGGAGAGCGGACAGAAGCUGAGAAAGCAGUCCGGAGCUGCCUCCGUGUCCUGGAGUAAAAGAUUCAAGCCGGGUGGCCCCACUCCCCGGGGACUGCAGCCUUUUGAGAGAGAGCAAGAGGGCGAGGUGGCCAUCGGGCUGGAUGCCGGGGGGUUUCUGAUGCCCUUCCGUGUGCCCCGCGGCCGGUCCUGACUCCCUGGCUCGUCUGAGAGGCCCAUGCGGAGAGAGAACGUCGAGGGGAGCUCAGCAUGGCCCUGGCGGAUAACGCAAGCUGUGCCAAGUCGAACGAGGACUUCGGCGCCUUCCCCGAGAUCAUCGAACUCAACGUGGGGGGCCAGGUGUACAUCACCCGCCACCCAACCCUGGUCAGCAUCCCCGGCUCGCUGCUCUGGGAAAUGUUCAGCCAAAAGAACUCUCGCGCCCUGGCCCGGGACGGCAAAGGGAGAUUCUUCGUGGACAGGGAUGGUUUCCUGUUCCGCUACGUCCUGGACUACAUGAGGGACCAACAGCUGGUGCUCCCCGACCACUUCCCCGAGAGGAGCCGGCUGCAGAGGGAGGCCGAAUACUUCAAGCUGCCGGAGCUAGCCGAGCUGCUGGCCCCCAGGGUCGCCAAGCAGAACUCCAUCGGAGACGACCCGUGCCAAAGCGACUCGGAGGAGCUGUCCCCCAACGCGGACGCCGCCCGUAGCCUCUCCGCCUCCAGCCCUGCCCAGGCCGGCGGUCCGGGGGGCUCCCCGGCCAUCCUGGGGGGCGGCGGCGGCAGCUCUGACCUCCGGCGGGCCGGCUUCAUCACCAUCGGCUACCGGGGCUCCUACACCCUGGGCCGGGACAGCCAAACCGACGCCAAGUUCCGGCGCGUGGCCCGGAUUAUGGUGUGCGGCAAGACUUCGCUGGCCAAAGAAGUGUUCGGGGACACCCUCAACGAGAGCAGGGACCCCGACCGGCCCCCCGAGCGCUACACGUCCCGUUACUACCUCAAAUUCACCUUCCUGGAGCAAGCCUUUGACAAACUGGCCGAUGCCGGCUUCCACAUGGUGGCGUGCAACUCUACCGGCACCUGCGCGUUCGCCCACGACCAGACGGACGACAAGAUCUGGACCUCUUACACCGAAUAUGUUUUCUACCGUGAGUGAUGCUUUAAAAAAAAAAAAACACCCACCAAAAAAAAAAAAAAAAAAAGCAACCAAAAAAAUACCAGACUCUCCCUUCCCAUCCUGUUCCCACGCCAGCGGUUUUCUUUAGAAAUAGACUUCGAUCCCUUUGGACCUUGGUUUCCCUCUCCCGUCUUUCACGACGCACCCUCUUCCCAUUCCCCGAUCCCCCCGUCUCUCCUGCCUCCAACUGAAUCCUCACUGGCACUUUCCCGCAUAAUGUCAAACCUCGAUCCAGCUUCCAGCUAAAGCCAACAGUAUCUCCUGACCCCUCCUUGGACGGUGGACCCGGACGCUCGAUCCGGGGAAAGCUCACGUACGCGUUUGCGUAUGUAUGUUUCGACGUUAGGGCAUCCUUGUCGACAUUUGUGGUUGGAUAAAGCUGCCUAGCUUAACAGGCGGGGAAAUGCCAAACUGAGGCUUGCAUCCUGGUUCCCCUCUGAAUCUGGGGCUCCCUCACGUACUCUGUCAUUUGAAUACACGUAGGGAGUGAAAGGAGAUCCUCAUUCUGACCUUGAGAGGCUCAUUAUUUGGAACAGGGUUACGAAGAGGUCUGGGUUCUCCCAAGAGGACCUCAGUUCAGAAAACUGAAAUGUAUAGUCAUUUAGAAGGUGGGAGGGAAAGGGUCAGAAACACGGGAAUGGUUAUUGCCAGCAGCUUAGUGUGUAGACUGCUAGAGCCGGAUGAGUUAGGAAAAGGGGAGAGGGUUCACGGUUUUAAAGGGCUGCCUUGAAAUGCCUACUUUCUGUGGAUAGGCAAAAGGGACACAUAACACAGAACCCAAACACAAGAGGGUGAGGGGGGGAGGCGUGGGGGGUGGGGGCGGGAGCCGGUUCUUUCUUGGUAAGUACUUUUUAGUCCGAAUUUAACCUUUCCAAUAGUUUGAUGUUCAUGUCAGCUUCACCUUUGCCUUUUCCUGCAUGAGGAAAUGUGGGGGAAAAACAACCAGACUAAUCAUGUUUCACAUAGAUGGGAUUAAUAAUUGGAGCCAGUGACCUUCUGAUCACCUCCCCCCCGCCCCCCCCCCGCCCAGCGAUGCCUUUAUUUAGUUACUAAGAGGAAAUGUGUUAGAAACCCCACAGAACCAACCGGGGAUGGCCUCUCGUUGGUCUCUUUCUAACUGCGGUGGGCAAGGAGCUGUGCGCUUGGAGGCCUGAGGCGGGCAUCUGCUUGCUUCGCCUGGGUUCGUGGAAUAAAGGAAAAAAGAAAACGAGAAAAACAGACUUUCCCUGUGCUGCCUUUGCGCCCAUCUGGUGAUCCAGAAGAUGCCCCCUUCAAAGCCGAGGCGCCCAGAGGUCACUUGGGCUGUGAGAAACAGAUAAGGAACAGACAAGCAAUGGGUCAUGUUCAGGUGGUGUCUGAGUUUCUUUCAACAGGAAAGUCUCCUCUUUCAUUAAAGAAGAGAUUCUUCUCUGUC